UAACCCCGGGAGGCGGCGGUGGCGGCGGCGGCGGCGGCGGCGGCGGCAGCGGCGGCGAGGGAGCGAGCCUCGAGCGGGCGGGCCCCAGCCUGAGGGAAGGGAGGAAGGGGCGGGGAGAGCGCCGGAGGGAGGCCGGUCGGCCGCGGGAGGGCGGGCAGCGCAGCGCCAAGCGGGGCCCGCGGGCCCAUGAGGAGGCCCGGGGACCAUGGGCUCCAGGAUCAAGCAAAACCCAGAAACCACAUUUGAAGUGUAUGUGGAAGUGGCCUAUCCUAGGACAGGUGGCAAUCUUUCAGAUCCUGAGGUGCAGAGGCAAUUCCCGGAGGACUACAGUGACCAGGAAGUUCUACAGACUUUGACCAAGUUUUGUUUCCCCUUCUAUAUGGACAGCCUCACAGUUAGUCAAGUUGGCCAGAACUUCACAUUCGUGCUCACUGACAUUGACAGCAAACAGAGAUUUGGGUUCUGCCGCUUAUCUUCAGGAGCCAAGAGCUGCUUCUGUAUCUUAAGCUAUCUUCCCUGGUUCGAGGUAUUUUACAAACUACUUAACAUCCUGGCAGAUUAUACGACAAAAAGACAGGAAAGUCAGUGGAAUGAACUUCUCGAAACUCUGCACAGACUUCCCAUCCCCGACCCAGGCGUGUCUGUUCAUCUCAGUGUGCAUUCUUACUUUACGGUGCCUGACACCCGAGAGCUUCCUAGCAUACCUGAGAAUAGAAAUCUGACAGAAUAUUUUGUGGCUGUGGAUGUCAACAACAUGCUACAUCUGUAUGCCAGCAUGCUGUAUGAGCGCCGGAUCCUCCUUGCCUGCAGCAAGCUGAGCACGUUGACUGCCUGCAUUCAUGGCUCAGCCGCGAUGCUCUACCCCAUGUACUGGCAGCAUGUGUACAUCCCCGUGCUGCCUCCACACCUGCUGGACUACUGCUGUGCUCCCAUGCCCUACCUCAUAGGAAUCCAUUUAAGUUUAAUGGAGAAAGUCAGAAAUAUGGCACUGGAUGAUGUUGUAAUCCUGAACGUGGACACCAACACCCUGGAGACGCCCUUUGAUGACCUCCAGAGCCUCCCAAAUGAUGUGAUUUCCUCCCUGAAGAACAGGCUGAAGAAGGUCUCCACAGCCACAGGCGACGGUGUGGCCAGGGCCUUCCUCAAGGCCCAGGCCGCUUUCUUUGGUAGCUACCGAAACGCAUUGAAAAUUGAGCCGGAGGAGCCCAUCACUUUCUGCGAGGAGGCUUUCGUGUCACACUAUCGCUCUGGAGCCAUGAGGCAGUUCCUGCAGAACGCUACGCAGCUGCAGCUCUUCAAGCAGUUUAUUGAUGGCCGACUAGACCUCCUGAAUUCUGGUGAGGGCUUCAGCGAUGUCUUUGAAGAGGAGAUCAACAUGGGUGAAUAUGCUGGCAGUGAUAAACUGUACCAUCAGUGGCUCUCCACGGUCAGGAAAGGAAGUGGAGCGAUCCUGAAUACUGUGAAAACAAAAGCGAACCCAGCCAUGAAGACCGUCUACAAGUUUGCAAAAGAUCAUGCAAAAAUGGGAAUAAAAGAGGUGAAAAACCGCUUGAAGCAAAAGGACAUCACGGAGAAUGGCUGUGUCCCCACUACAGAAGAGUCACUGCCCAGGGCUGCACCUUCCCCACUGGUGGAAGCCAAGGACCCCAAGCUGCGAGAAGACCGGAGGCCAAUCACAGUCCACUUUGGGCAGGUGCGCCCACCCCGUCCCCAUGUCGUCAAGAGACCGAAGAGCAAUAUCACCACGGAAGGCCGGAGGACAUCUGUCUCAAGCCCUGAGCACCUGGUAAAGCCUUUGCGACACUAUGCAGUCUUCCUCUCCGAGGACUCCUCUGACGAUGAAUGCCAGCAGGAAGACACCCCCGGCGCUGGCUUCACCGAAAGCUUUUUCUUCUCCACUCCCUUUGAAUGGCCACAGCCAUAUCGGACACUCAGAGAGUCAGACAGUGCGGAAGGCGAUGAGGCAGAAAGCCCUGAGCGGCCCGGCCGGGAGUCCCGGGGCUCUGUCCCCGCUCCUCCUGACCGGGCUUCCAGCAUUGAUCUCCUGGAAGAUGUCUUCAGCAGCCUGGACAUGGAGGCCCCACUGCAGCCACUGGGCCAAGCCAAGAGCUUAGAGGACCUCCCCCCCAAAGACCUACAGGAGCAGCCAGGGACCUUUGACUACCAGAGGCUGGACCUGGGCAGGAGCGAGAGGACCCUGGGGAUGGCGAUGGCCUUGAAGCUCACCCACCCAUACAACAAACUCUGGAGCCUGGGCCAGGACGACAUGGCUCCCAGCAAGCCUCCGGCCGCCUCCCCAGAGAAGCCCUCAGCCCCGCCGGUCAGCUCCCCAGCCCUGCCCAGGAAGCCCCAGAGCCGGGACAGCAUCCUGAACCCCAGCAACAAGGAGGAGGCUCUCACCCCGACGCCAGGUAGCAUCACCAUUCCCCGGCCACAGGGCAGGAAGACGCCCGAGCUGGGCAUCGUGCCGCCACCGCCCACCGCGCGCCCAGCCAAGCUCCAGGCUGCCAGCGGCGGCGCACACGGCGAUUUCUCAGAUCAGCUGCAGAUGGAUUGGGAGAGACGGGCGGCCCUCAGCCCAGCACAGUUCCUGGGGCUGCUCCCCAGUGUGGCCCCCCAAGGUCCCAGUGAACCGCUGAAGCCCCUCAGCCCAGCUCCAGGGGUUACGAGCACAGGCAGCGACGCCCUGCUUGCCCUCCUGGACCCGCUGAACACAGCCUGGUCAGGCAGUGCUGUCCCGCCACACCCUGACACCCCAAAAGUGGCCCCCCCAUUCACGCCUCAGUUCAGCUUCCCCCCAACAGGCACCCCCACGCCUUUCCACCAGCCGCCACUCAACCCCUUCGUGGCGUCCGUGCCAGUGGCACCAUCCAACCUGCCCUUAGGUUCCACCCCAGCCCCACCUUUUGGGGCCCCUGCAGCUUUGCCCCCAGGCCUCCUCUCAUCCAGUGCUGGCUUCUGUGCCCCUCACAGACCUCAGCCCAACCUGUCUGCCCUCUCCAUGCCCAACCUGUUUGGCCAGAUGCCUCUGGGUGCCACACCAGCCCCCUACAGCCGCUCGGCCCCCCCAACCGUUGCCCCCUCGAGGAUCCGAACGUUGCCCCUGGCCCGUUCCGGUGCCAGAUCUGCGGAGGCCAAGCAGGGGCUGGCUCUGAGGCAUGGGGAGCCCCCGCUCCUGCCCCCCAGGCCCCCACACGGCUUGGAGCCAGCAUUGCAGCCCUCAGCACCCCACAGGCCAGAGGACCCCUUUGAGGAUUUGUUGCUGAAAACCAGGCAAGACGUGAGCCCGGCCCCCGCCCCAGGCUCUGUGGAGCAGCUGCGGAAGCAGUGGGAGACCUUCGAGUGAGGGCCACGGCUCCCUCGCCACGCUGCCCAGCUUCCACUGGUGGGAAGGGACCCUUGCCCCGUUCCACACUGCUCGCCUUUGAGGUCUGGCCCUGGGGAGGGGUGCUUCACAGCCUGGGAGCUACCCCACCUGCUCCAGCACCCUGCCUGGGUUUUGCACUAGCGGUCAGCUGGGCCAGACACCCAGGUCAUGUCCCAGCGCCUUCCCUCCAGACCCUCCACAGCAAGCCGUGGGGCUCUAGGCCGCUCCUCCAGGGCGCAGUAGUCCACCCCCCACCCCACAGGCAUCAGUGUUAGCUCCGUGUGAGUACACCUGUGCGAGACACAGGCAUCCGGGGUCCAGAGUGAGGGUCCUUCCCAGGCGGGGGACCUCCCCGGCAUCUGAACCCUCUCUAGCAAUACUCUGGUUUUUUUCAUGAGUCUCCAGCCAACCUCCAAGUGUCAGUCAUUUCUGGGGGGGCAAGGGUCCAGGAACCCCUGUAACGGCCAAAACCCAGCUGGGGCUGGGAGCACCAGCAACUAUAGAAGAGGAGGAACCCCAGAUCCAGAUGUCGGGAGGAGCCACCCCCCCACACACACACACCCUGUUACCCAGCCUCCACGCUUUCCUGGUCCCUGUCACUGUCAAGGCCGGGGCUCCAACUCCUGUACCUGGGGCUUGGUGGGCAGAGUUGGCAGUGACAAGUCUGCUUUCAGCUCAGAAGCCAGGCACAGUGCCACAGGCUGGUGGGAUGGCACAGCUGCCCGGACGCCCUGUCAGGGCCAGGCAGGCCCCCAUGGAGCAGAGGAGACCGGGCCGGCUGGCCCGCAGCCAGCCCUCCCAUCCAUCUCAAGCAAGCUUCUCGCCAGCACGGAUUCCUGAGGCGGACAGCACCAAAGCAAGACUCUAAUGUUUUGUUGUUGUUUCUUUUAUCUUUCUUUUCCUUUUGACCUUAUUGAUUUGAUGAAUCCUGAAAAUUGACUCCUUUCAAUAAACCAAGUUAAAACACGG